UCAGUGAAGCUGAGGCAGCGGGGGAAGAUGGCGGCGGGCGUUCCGCAGCGGGCGUGGACCGUGGAGCAGCUGCGCAGCGAGCAGCUGCCCAAGAAGGACAUUAUCAAGUUUCUGCAGGAUCACGGUUCAGAUUCGUUUCUUGCAGAACAUAAAUUAUUAGGAAACAUUAAAAAUGUAGCCAAGACAGCUAACAAGGACCAUUUAGUUACAGCCUACAACCAUCUCUUUGAAACUAAGCGUUUCAAGGGUUCUGAAAAUGUAAGUAAAGUGUCUGAGCAAGUGAAAAAUGUGAAGCUUAAUGAAGAUAAACCCAAAGAAACCAAAUCUGAAGAGACUCCGGAUGAGGGUCCACCAAAAUAUACAAAAUCUGUCCUAAAAAAGGGAGAUAAAACCAACUUUCCAAAAAAGGGAGAUGUUGUUCAUUGCUGGUACACAGGAACACUACAGGAUGGGACUGUUUUUGAUACUAAUAUUCAAACAAGUUCAAAGAAGAAGAAAAAUGCCAAGCCUUUAAGUUUUAAGGUUGGAGUAGGCAAAGUUAUCAGAGGAUGGGAUGAAGCACUCUUGACUAUGAGUAAAGGAGAAAAGGCUCGACUGGAGAUUGAACCAGAAUGGGCUUAUGGUAAGAAAGGACAGCCUGAUGCCAAAAUUCCACCAAAUGCAAAACUCAUUUUUGAAGUGGAAUUAGUGGAUAUUGAUUAAGAUAGCCGUGCUUCAGAUCUAGACAUCAGCAACAAUGCUAAAACAUGGCCUUGACAAAACUUACGUAACUUGUUUGUUACUAUUAUAAGGGAAAACUCAACUGGAAAAUUAAAAGUUAAAACUUGCUUACUUGAUCUCAGUUUUUGAGAAAUGCAACCCCCUUAUAAAUCCAUGAAGUCUAAAGUAUUUUACUACAACUAUAAAGUGUGGUUAAGAACUUUUACUUAAUGUUGUGAACUUAAAAGGCUCAAUAAAAAUUAAUCCACUGUCAUGAUCUGA